CUACGUCAUCGAGAUCUGCGUUGUUGCAGAGUCACUCUGAGUGGUUGAGUGUCAACAAGAGACUAGCAAGGGAAAAAUCUAGAAUAUUGUGUAUGAUUGGUUAAUUUCUUCUAUUAUUUGUGGGUAUUGACUUUACAUACGUAAUAUCUAGAUCGCGUUAUGCUCGUCGACGGCCUGUCAGCGGGCGGUUUAAAGCGAGUUUUCUCACAGAUAUCGUCUCUACACACUGGCUGGCUAACGUUAGCCUGCUAGCUUUGUGAACACAGACCCUCAUAACAGGAGAAACAAAAUCCUGUAUGUCCGGGGUAUACACGGAUUUGGGUCCUUUCGCCAGUCUAAUAUAAUGGCUGCUGUGGAGAAAGUAGGAAAGGAGUGUGAGGAGGAGACACUACAGACUGCUUUUAAGAAACUGCGUGUGGAUGCUGAAAGUUCCACAGCCGCAGUCCGCGUCUCUGAGACUUUGGCUUCCAGAUUGGUUGCUCGAAGCAGCCCAGAAGGAGCCAAAUCCAAGAUGAGCUCCUCGAAAGAUAACUGGCUUGGAUGCACUAGAAAGUCAUCAAGAGGAGUUGUGAGAAGCCAGCGACGUCGACGAUCAAAAUCGCCAAUCCUUCAUCCUCCGAAGUUUACCUACUGCAGCAAAAUGUCUCCCCCUCCUGGACACCUCAAACACAAGACCCCGCCAGAGCCCGACGACACCUGUGCUGUCAAGAAUGAAGUAGCAUUCUCAACUCCGUGCUCCACUCUAUGUGGUGUCGUCGGCUAUAAAACCCACCUCCCUUCUCCAAAGGGUCAGGAAUCACCCCUCAAUCCCAGAAUGCCCCCGGAUGACAAGAGCGCUCCUGAAAACAGACCUGCUUUAGGAUGUGGGCCGGGAUCUCAGGAGGCGUGCGCAGGUAAUGCUGCUCCAUCUGACUUUCAAACUCUGUCCAAGUUGCAGGAGGCCGAUCAGUGCCCAUGUGGGCAGCGGGAAUGCCAGUGUCCCGGUUGGCAGGGGGUUGAGGUUUACUCAUUCACCGGCCUUCGAGAUGUGAUCUCUGAAUGCGAGCGGAAGCUUCCCAGCCCACAGGACAGUUCAUCCAACAGCAGAACUUCCGCUGGGACGUCCAGCUCCCCUCGCUCUUGCUCCGAACAGGCCCGCGCCUACGUCGAUGACAUCACGAUAGAAGACCUUUCCGGAUACAUGGAAUAUUACCUUUACAUCCCCAAGAAGAUGUCGCACAUGGCUGAGAUGAUGUACACCUGAAAAUUACCUUUAAUGAAGCAAAUUGAAGCAUUGCGGAAAAAAGUGAUUUAUUUAACAAAUAAAAAGCAGUAAUAAAGAUGCUAUCUAAAAGCAAUUCUACUUUAUUGUGGUAUUGAGGAUUUAUGUUUGUUCUUUCUCCAAGACAAACAGACAACGUGCGCUGACUAAAAAUCAUGGGAGCAUGACUCGUUCUGUGAUUCACUACUCUGUUUCCUUUUGUUUUUGUUUGAUUUCGUGAUAACUGUCUUGUUUGGUUUACAUUUUAAAGUUGCCAAAGGUCAAUCCCAGAGACUGCAGGUUUGAUUUCACUGAUAUAUGCAAACUUACACAAUGUCAAGUAAUAAUUCUGUUCACCAUGACAAGGAUGUGAUGUCAUCUGAUUUGUCAAUAAAAUGGCUUUUUGGGGAUUGUUCAUGAA